ACGGGCCGUUGGGUUGGUCCUCCAAGGGAUGCUCUCCCCGAAGUGCCAAGGCCAGCCCCGUUCUCCCAAAGCCGCGGUCGCCCCGCACCAGCCCUCGGCCGCAGACAUGGCCCUCUACUGCGGCGACAACUUCGUGUACUCACAACCCGCCGCCGCCGCCGCGCCCGGUGCGCCCCCGGCCUCCAGGGCGCCCUACGGGCUGUCCGAUUACGCCGCGCCACCCGCCGCCGCCAACCCCUACUUGUGGCUCAACGGGCCCGGCGUGGGCGGCCCGGCCUCCGCUGCCGGCUACCUGGGCGCCCCGCCGCCGCCCCCCGGAGCGGCUCCCGGGCCCUUCCUGCAGCCGCCGGCCGCUCCGGGCACCUUCGCGGGCACCCAGCGGGGCUUCGCGCAGCCAUCGGCUGCUGCCCCGGCCUCGCCCGCCGGCUCGGCAGCUCCGGGCGAACUGAGUUGGCUGACGUUGACCGGCCACGAGGACCUGAUGAAGAUAGUGCGUCCGCCCUACUCGUACUCGGCGCUCAUCGCUAUGGCCAUCCAGAGCUCUCCCGAGCGCAAGCUCACCCUCAGCCACAUCUACCAGUUCGUUGCCGAUAACUUCCCUUUCUACCAGCGCAGCAAGGCUGGCUGGCAGAAUUCCAUCCGCCACAACCUAUCACUCAACGACUGCUUCAAGAAGGUGCCCCGCGACGAAGACGACCCAGGGAAAGGUAAUUACUGGACUCUAGAUCCAAACUGUGAAAAAAUGUUCGACAAUGGAAACUUCCGUCGGAAGCGCAAGCGCCGAUCUGAGGCCAGUAGCAACCUCACUGCAUCUUCAGGAACGUCAAAAUCAGAAGGGUUGUCCUCAAGACUAAGAGUGAGUGGGAAGCCAGAAGGAGACAGCCCCUCUAUGAUGAGCUCAUCUCAGUCACCAGAGCCUCCAGAGGGCACCAAGAGCACCUCCUCCUCUCCUGGAGUAUCCACACAAACCUCCACCCCCUGCCUCAACACUUUCCUCAGCAGCCUCAACACUUUGAGUGUAAACCCCAGCAGCAUGAGUACCCAACGAGGCAUCCCAGGCAGUCGCCGCCACCUAGGGGGUACCCAGCUGCCCUCCAGCACAUUCCCCAACCCUUCCAUCCCAGAGGGUUCUCCAGACUCCAUGCAGCUUAGUGCUAUGAGUGGAAGCAACCAGCUAUCUGCCUACUACAGCCCAUUUCCUGGCAGCGGCAGUGGGGACCAGAGUAGCCCCUUCAGCAGCCCUUUCUACAACUUCAGCAUGGUCAACAGCCUCAUCUACCCCCGAGACGGCGGCUCUGAAAUGUAA